AUGGUGGUCUACGUGGACGAUAUGAUCAUCAAGAGUCGAACCGACGGGCAGCUCGUUCCCGACCUGAGAGAAAUCCUGAACAUUCUGCGAGAAAGCCGGAUGCGGCUGAACCCGAAGAAAUGUACCUUCGGGGUUAGGUCGGAAAAGUUUCUGGGCUUCCUGGUCUCCCGAGAGGGGAUCCGGGCCAACCCGGAUAAACUCCAGGCCAUCAUGGACAUGGCCCCUCCGAGGAACGUCAAGGAAGUCCAACGGCUCAUGGGGAGGAUGGCUGCCCUGAAUAGAUUCCUCUCGUGCUCCGCGGUAAGGGGGCUACCCUUCUUUCGAAUCCUGAAAGUACCUAAGGACUUUCAAUGGACGGAGGAAUGUCAGAAAGCCUUCACCGACCUAAAGGCGUACCUGGCCGAGCUGCCCGCUCUGGCUGCCCCGGAGCAGGGAGAAACCCUGUUCCUAUACUUGUCUGCUUGCAACGAGGCCGUUAGCGAGGUUUUGGUGCGGGAGGACAGCGGGGUUCAAAGGCCAAUAUGCUACGUCAGCCGUGCUUUACAAGGGCCGGAAACGCGGUACACGCCGGCGGAAAAAUUGGUCCUUGCCUUGGUGCAUGCCGCUCGGAAGCUCCGACCUUACUUUCAGGCUCACAGCAUUGUUGUCAUGACGGAUCAACCCUUACGUCAGAUACUUAGAAAACUUGAGGUCUCGGACAGAAUGACCAAAUGGGCCGUUGAACUGGCCGAGCACGACAUCGGCUAUCAGUCUCGCACCACUAUCAAAGCUCAGGCCCUAGCAGACUUCCUCGCCGAGGGAGCCAAUUUGUCAGUGACUGAGCCGAGCACUUUGUCCAAGGAGGCCCGACCGGAAGAGCGGUGGGUACUAUUUGUAGACGGGGCCUCAAGUAAGGAAGGGAGCGGAGCCGGCCUGCUGCUCAUCUCGCCCACCGGGGAGGAACUAACCUACGCGCUUAGAUUUGACUUCUCGGCAUCCAACAACGAGGCAGAAUACGAGGCUCUGCUGACCGGAUUGCGGAUAGCCCAUCAGAUGGGUGUAACCGCGAUUAGAGCCCGGAGUGACUCCCAGCUCGUAGUCCACCAGGUUCGCGGAGAGUACGAGGCCAAGGAGGACAUCAUGAAAAAAUACCUGGCCAAGGUACGGGAGGCGAUCAGCCUGUUUGAUACCUUCGAAAUCGAGCGGGAGCCGAGAUCACAGAACAAGCGUGCGGAUGCCCUGUCAAAACUAGCGUCCUCCUCGUUUGCGCAUCUGAACAAGGAAGUCUUGAUCAGAGCCGCUAAGUACGCCUACGCUGAGGGGACCCUCUACAGGAGGUCGUAUUUGUCUCCCUGGCUAAAGUGCGUAACUCCCGAAGAGGGUGACUAUGUCCUCCGAGAAGUUCAUGAGGGCCUAUGCGUGGCACAUGUGGGAUCUCGGGUGUUGGCCAAAAAGUGCCUGUUCCUGGGCUACUAUUGGCCCUCGGUGUUUCGAGAUGCCGCGGCACUAGUCCAAAAAUGCCGAGCUUGCCAGUUCGCUGAGAACCCCUUCUGGAGCUGGUGCGCGGAGCUCGGGAUCAGCCAACACAUCAUCUCGGUCGGUCAUCCCCAGGCCAACGGCCAAGUAGAGAAUGCUAAUCGGACCAUUCUGCAAGGGUUGAAGACUAGGCUGGAACUGGCCCAGUCUAACUGGCUAGAUGAACUCUCUAGCGUCCUCUGGGCUUACCGCACUACGCCGAGGAUAGCCACUAAUGAGACCCCGUUCUCCCUGACUUAUGGGGCGGAGGCGGUGGUGCCAACGGAGGUCGGCCUCCCCUCGUCUCGGACACAGAAUUUCGUUGCGUCAGCCAAUGAAGAAGAACUGAGGUGCAACUUGGACAUGUUGGAGGCCAAGCGUGAGGAAGCGGCGAUACGGAUGGCUAAGUAUAAAAGUCAACUCGCCCGCUAUCAUAACGCGAAGGGGGCUAAUGCAGAGGCCCCGUCCUGGGCCUGUGCACGUGGCAGUCCAGCAAGGCCAGAGUUGGGCUCGGAUUUCAGGCCCAUGCGAACCAUCUUGGGGCACGUCGCCGCUAGGGCUCCGAAGGGCUCCAAGGAACAAUCUCGCAGAGGACGGGGAGGAUCCCCCUCAGCGCGGGAUUGGGGGCUAUUCUGGGCAGGUUUCGAAACGUACGGAGGUCGGACUCCCAAGCAGGGUUGGAACACGAUCUUCCCAUCAGCACGCCGAGCUCAUCAGGUCAGCUCAGUCCGGGGAAGCUCAGCGCUUCUUCAAGAAUCAUGCUUAUCAAAUUUCGGGAGAGCCUGUGAACUGGGGAGCUUUAACAACGACGAAUUUGCAGAUGACGAAGAUGGCAGUAACUCUGAUUUAGAAAGUCGCUCAACAAGGGUAACAGUAGCAUCAGUCGAGAUAGCUUUCUCUGAACUCGAGGUUACCUGCAAUCCUUGCGUCGAAACAGGGAUUGUAGGGGAAGAAGGUGUCACAGACAACUCGUUCACCCUUGAGCAAGACAGGAUCAAGUCAUCUAGCAGCAGCCCGGAUGACUCGACAAUCGGAGCCUAA